AUAACGACGAGAGCCUUACGAAGAACGGGCCAAUCCGUAGUCGGGGCAGUGCCGUACACGGCUAACGCCAAGGUUGCCUUAACGGAACAAUACUACAAUGGUGAGAUGACCAUUGAAUACUUCCCUGCGACACAAACGUAACAUAUCUCAAGUGGGUCCUCUCCCAUGUAACAACAAGAUCCCAGCCGUUUAUUUUUCCGGUAAAUCAUUUACGGGAUCAAAUUUCUGCCGUCGCCGUCGCUGUCGCUGUUAUUAUAGUCACGGUGGCGACACGCAAGCAACGUAAUAGUUCUCCCGGCGAUUCAAGAAUCGGAUUUUCCGGAACGGCAACGUCGGAUUCAUUGGACAUUUAUUACGUAUUAGUUAGAGAGAGAGAGAGAGAGAGAGAGAGAGAGAGAGGGGGUUUUGGUUACUCAAUUUUGACUAUCCCUUAACCUAAUCCUAACUUUCGACCGCGUACCGGUAGUGCUGGUGACGUUAUCGUCGAUCAGAUGAACUGCCGACGGCUCUCUUCUGCACCUCUCACCCAUUUGGUGGGGACGGUACCCGAUGCUUGUCCCUUCCACCCCGUUCUAAUUCUCUCCUUCGCUUCCGGCGUACCUUAGCCAUCCGUACACCACCACUGUUCGAAUUCCGUGUCACUUUUUGAAUUCCCACACGUCACCACCACCGGUGAGGUUUUCAUAUUCAACAGCUCAUGAAGGAGGAGGCUAUGGAAGAUCAGGGUGCGCACGCUACUACCAGGUCUCACCACCACCGCCACCCGUUUCCUCAUAGUGGCGGUGGAGGUGGCGGUCGAGAAGAUUGCUGGAGUGAAGGAGGUACUGCUACCCUAAUUGAAGCCUGGGGCGAUCGUUAUCUCCGUCUCAGUCGCGGUAAUCUCCGUCAAAAAGAUUGGAAGGAGGUUGCCGAUGCAGUGAACGGCCGUCAGGGCGGCAUCAAGCCCCGGAAAACUGAUAUCCAAUGUAAGAACCGGAUCGACACCUUAAAGAAGAAAUUUAAGCUCGAGAAGUCUAAGCCUGGCACUUCCGAAUGGCCCUUCUACUCUCGUCUCGAUCUGCUCAUUGGCACCUCCCCCAAUCCGAACUCCAACCCCAAUCCUAACAAGAAGCGUUUGCCCCAGCCUCUUUUGUUACCGCCGCCAUUAUUUCAUAAGGCUCCUUCCGUUUCCUUCACCAUCAAGCAUUGCAAGGAUAAUCUUAACCCUAACCCUAACCCCAACCCUAACGCCAUCGUCUAUUCCGGUGGCUCUUCGUCUAAGUCCAGGCUCAACUCCGCUGGUUCCUCUGAGAGCUCUCGUGGUGGUUUGGGAGACGAUCGAGAUGAUGAUUUUGUGUUUAAUGGUGGAAUUCGGAAACGUCGGAGGACAGACAGAGAAGGUUCUUCGUCUGAUGCGGUUGCGAUUAGGGAGUUGGCCAGAGCGAUUCUUAAGUUUGGGGAGAUUUAUGAGAGGAUUGAGAGCUCUAAACAGGAUCAGUUGAUGGAGUUGGAAAGGCAGAGGAUGGAGUUCACUAAAGAUCUGGAGUUCCAGAGGAUGCAGAUGUUUAUGGAAGCUCAGCUUGAGCUUGAGAAGGUGAAGCGCCCCAAGUAUGCAUCUAGUACAGUUCAAGGAAGAAUACUGUUCGCACAGCACUUCUCAUGUGACACUGUUCAUGUGGCACUGUUCAUGAAGAUCUUUUGUGGGCCCAUGUGAACAGGGAAGAAGUUGUAGUUGGAGAUAGCUUGAGAUUCACCAUCUUUGAAGAUGAAGAUGAAGAUGACAUGCAGGUCUUACAUGAAAAAAGUCUCUUAAGGUAGACCUUAACCCUGCAGUAUAGAGUUGGAUGGGAUAUUAUCUGUAGAUUUUGAGUUACUUGAGACAACAUGCCUUUAUGGUGGUACUUGUACAUUCGUCUUUAUCACCAUUUGGGUCUCUCUGUUUUUUUUGAGUGCAAGUUUUGUAUUGCUACUUGGUGUCAAUUUGAUGAUACAUCAAUGUCAACCCUAUAAGAAGCCUGAUGAUGUUGUGGUAACAUUUUGUCCCUAAGUUGUUUUACUAACGGGAAUAUUAAGUUGUAAUUUGCAGCAUUGUUGGAACUGCUUCAGACACCAGUAA